GUAGAAAUCUGCCUAAUGCACCCCCUGGAUGUAGUGAAAACCAGGUUCCAGAUUCAGAGAUGUGCAGCUGAUCCAAACAGUUACAAAAGCUUAGGGGACAGCUUCCGAGUAAUUUUUCAAAAAGAAGGGCUAUUUGGUUUCUACAAGGGAAUCCUGCCACCUAUAUUGGCUGAAACACCGAAAAGAGCAGUAAAGUUUUUCACCUUUGAGCAGUACAAGAAAUUACUAGGAUAUGUGUCACUGUCACCAGCAUUGACUUUUGCCAUUGCUGGAUUGGGAUCUGGACUAACAGAAGCCAUCGUGGUCAACCCUUUUGAGGUAGUAAAAGUUGGCUUGCAAGCCAAUCGGAACACAUUUACAGAGCAACCUUCUACUAUGAGUUAUGCAAGACACAUCAUUAAAAAGGAAGGCUUUGGUCUCCGGGGCCUCAACAAAGGAUUUACAGCAACUUUGGGACGCCAUGGGAUUUUCAACAUGGUUUAUUUUGGUUUCUACUACAAUGUCAAAAACAUUAUUCCUGUCCAUAAGGAUACGACCUUGGAGUUUUUGAGAAAAUUUGGAAUUGGUCUUCUCUCGGGCACAAUAGCCUCCAUCAUUAACAUUCCCUUUGAUGUUGCCAAAAGUAGGAUUCAAGGGCCUCAACCAGUUCCUGGAAAGAUUAAGUACAGAACCUGCUUGAAAACAAUUGCAACCGUCUAUCAAGAAGAAGGGAUUUUAGCUUUGUACAAAGGCCUGAUUCCCAAAAUUAUGAGGCUUGGACCAGGUGGUGCAGUAAUGCUGCUGGUUUAUGAAUAUGUUUAUUCAUGGCUUCAGGAGAACUGGUGAUUGCCUACGGAGUCCUAUUUCCCUUCUGAUUUUGGAUAUUUACUAUCCCCUACUAUGAGAAAUUAGAGUUAGAUAAACUAAUACAGUUAUAACAUGAUUGUUAUUUUAUAGAAGGGAAAACCAUUUGUUCAGGUACUUCAGAAAUUAUCCCUAAGCAAUUUAAGACAGAUUUGUCAUAUUGAUAAAAUCAUGAGAUAAUAAGCAAUUGAAAUGAUAAUGUAAAAUGGAUAAUAAAUAUAAAUCACAUG